AUGGACGCCCAACAAUUACCGUUUCUUGCGGAAUAUUCCAAGAGCAACCGGGCAUCGUGCCGAUUGUGUAAGAACAAGAUCGACAAGGAUGUGCUCCGGCUUGCUGCGAUGGUUCAGUCGCCGAUGCACGAUGGUAAGGUGGCUCAAUGGUACCACGAAGAUUGUUUCUUCAAGAAACAACGCCCCACAACCGAAGGCGAUGUAGCCAACAUGGAGGCACUGCGGUACGAGGAUCAAAAGAAGAUCCGCGACGCAAUUGCUGCGUUCUCGAAGGGAGUCGUUCCUACUGCAGGGAAGGGUAAAGGCAAGAAACGAUCCGCAGCGGAAACCCAAUCUUUGAAGGACUUCGGAGUAGAGUAUGCGUCCUCUGGACGUGCCAUGUGUCGGGGAUGCGAGCUGAAGGUUUUGAAGGAUGAGGUGCGCAUUAAGAAGGUCGUUUACGAUACGGAGGUAGGCAUGAAGUAUGGCGGGCAACCGUUGUGGCAUCAUGCGGAAUGCUUUGCGAAAAUACGCUCCGAUCUUGGUUACUUCGAGAAGGCUGAAAUGUUGCCUGGUUUCCGUUCGAUGAAAAAGGAGGAUCAGGCGAUGUUAAAGAAACUGUUACCAGCCAUCAAAACGGAAGAUGUACCGGCGAAGAAGCUGAAGGAAGAGGUUUUGGACGAGGUAGACAAAGCGGCUGCAUCGCUAGAGGAGAAGCAGAUCGCUGAGCAGCUGAAAGCGUUUUACAAGAUACGCGACAAACUUAAAAAGCUUGGCGUAAAGAAAGCGGAAUUAAUUGAAAUCCUUGCCCAUAACCAUCAGGACAUACCGGAGGGUAAUGAUCCAGUGUUGGAUCGUGUUUGCGAUGCGCUGCUAUUUGGUGCGCUGGAACGAUGCACGAAAUGUGGUGGUCAGUACGUGCUGCAGAAAGCAUCGUACGUAUGCGAGGGCAAUCUGACCAAUUGGGUAAAGUGCAUGAACGCGGAAAAGGCACCACCACGAAAACCAACCAUAAUACCGGCCGAUCUGCGGUCGGCAUACUCAUUCUUCAAACAGUACAAAUCUAAAAUUGGAGAUCGCGUGUUUCGGUACGUUCCGCCGAGUAUUAAGACCGUGAUGGAAAGCGUGAAGAAGGAGGAAGAAUUGCCCUCGGAACCGAGGGUGAAGCGUGAAAAACCACCGUUGUACAAUAUGGAAUUUGUCAUUCUUGGCAAAACGGCCACAUCGAAGGAUCAGCUGAAGCUUAAAAUACAAAAAAUGGGUGGCAAGGUGGUGACGAAGAUUGCUAGCCAUACGGCGGCUAUCAUUUCCACACCGGAAGAAGUCGAAAAGUUGAACAGCCGUAUGCGGGAAGCGAAGGAACUACAGAUUCAGGUAGUGCCGGAGGAAUUUUUGGAUGAUGCUCAGGGUGGCGGUGCCAUUUCGUUCAUCACCAGUAGGGCUAUCUGUGAUUGGGGUUCGGAUCCGCAGACGCGCCUCCCAACUGACGAGGAAAGUAAAUCUCGCUCGAAAAAGAGCAUUUACGAAAAGUCAGUACCGGCCAAGAUGAAGCUACAGGUGAAGAGCGGUCUGAUCGUUGAUCCGGACUCGAAACUAGCGGAUAGGGCACACGUGUACAAGUGCAAUGGUGUCAUUUAUAACUGCGUGCUGAAUAAGGUGGAUAUACAGGCGGAUAAAAAUUCGUUCUACAAAAUGCAGGUACUCGAAGAUGAUCAUCAACGCAAAUACUGGUUGUUCCGUGCUUGGGGUCGUAUCGGUACCACGAUCGGUGGUACGAAGGUGGAAAACCACAACACGGCAGAGGACGCCAUUCUGGCGUUUGAGGAUUUGUUCCUGGAAAAGACCGAUAACGAUUGGCAGCGGCAUAACUCUAAAUACCACAAGAUGCCGGGCAUGUUUUAUCCGAUCGAGAUCGACUAUACCGAGUCGAAGACGAAGCGUCUCGCGGAAAAUAGCGCCUUCAAAUCGAAACUCGCUCCUGCGGUGCAGGAGUUGGUUCGCAUGCUGUUCGAUGUGGACGCGAUGAAUCGGGUAAUGUUGGAGUUCGAACUCGACAUGGAAAAGAUGCCACUCGGCAAGCUGUCGAAACGUCAGCUCCAAUCGGCUAUGCAGGUUCUGUCGGAAAUUUCCGACUUAAUCGGGAGCGGCGGAACCAAUGCGCAGUUUAUAGGUGCAUCGAACAGAUUCUACUCGUUCGUGCCGCACAAUUUCGGUGUUUCGGCCGUCAAGGUGCUGGAUACGAUCGAGCAGGUCAAGGAAAAGCAAACCAUGCUCGAAAGUUUGCUGGAGAUUGAGUUCGCGUACUCGUUGCUGAACGAAUCGGAUGAAGAUGGCAAGAGUGGUAAGAAUCCGCUAGAUACGCAUUAUGAGCAGUUGAAGACGGUUAUCGAACCGAUGGCACGUGAUUCGGAAGAGUUUACGUUGCUUGAACAGUAUGUGCGCAAUACGCAUGCGGAGACACACCAAUCGUACGAUCUGGAGAUUAAAGAAAUCUUCCGCAUCAAACGUAAGGGUGAAGAUCGCCGCUAUCAGCCAUUCAAGAAACUGCACAACCGUAAGCUACUGUGGCACGGUUCUCGGUUGACCAAUUUUGCGGGUAUUUUAACGCACGGUUUGAAAAUUGCCCCACCCGAGGCACCGGUUACGGGUUACAUGUUUGGCAAGGGUAUCUACUUUGCCGAUAUGGUGUCCAAAUCGGCCAACUACUGUUGCACCAACAUGGUUGAUUCUACCGGGUUGAUGCUGUUGUGCGAGGUAGCACUCGGCGAUAUGCAGGAGUAUCUGCAGGCACAUUACGUGAAGAAACUUGCUACCGGUAAACACAGCGUGAAGGGUAUCGGACGCACGCAGCCAGAUCCGAGUGGUUCCCACAUGCGUCCGGAUGGGGUGGAGAUACCGAUGGGUAAGGGUGUGUCGGAUGCAAAGGUAAAGAGUUCGCUGCUUUACAACGAGUUCAUCGUGUACGACGUGGGUCAGGUGAACUGCCAGUACUUGUUCAAGAUGAACUUCAAAUACAAAUACUAA